GGUUGGCUGGUGCGCUGGAACCAGAGCGACGGCUUUGUAAAGCUAAGCGAUGGCUGCGCUCCUGAGGACUAAAUGGCGAGCAAAUGGACUUUUUGAAGGCGCCUCUCAUGUAAGAGAAGGAGGAUAAGCCCCAGGGAGUCGGUUGGAGGCCUCCCUAAGGUCGAGCUCUUCCCUGAUAUGGAACAGAGUGGAGGUGACCAGGAAGCCCAGCCGGAGGGUCACGCAGAUGGCAAGAGCAACCUAAAAUCCUUGCCGGGGGGAGCUGCUCAUGUCAAACUAGAGAUAAAAAAACACGCAGUUACAGACGACUACAAACUCUCCAAACGGGUGCUAGGGUUGGGAAUUAACGGCAAAGUACUGGAAUGUUUCAACAAGGAGACAGGACAGAAAUGUGCUUUAAAGCUCCUGUAUGACAACCCAAAAGCCCGUCAGGAAGUAGAAUAUCAUUGGCGGGCAUCAGGGUGUCCCCACAUUGUGCAUGUCCUGGAUGUUUAUGAGAACAUACAUCAUGGGAAGAGAUGCCUCCUCAUUGUCAUGGAAUGCAUGGAGGGAGGAGAACUGUUUAGCAGGAUCCAGGAGAGAGGAGACCAGGCUUUCACAGAGAGAGAGGCCUCUGAAAUAAUGAGAGACAUCGGAACAGCCAUCCAGUAUCUUCAUUCAAUGAACAUUGCCCAUAGAGAUGUCAAGCCUGAAAACUUGCUUUACACAUCUAAAGAGAAGGAUACUGUACUCAAACUGACAGACUUCGGCUUCGCCAAAGAAACCACGGUACAAAAUGCACUACAGACCCCUUGUUACACUCCUUAUUAUGUGGCCCCAGAAGUCCUUGGUCCUGAGAAGUAUGAUAAAUCAUGUGACAUGUGGUCUUUGGGGGUCAUCACAUAUAUUCUCCUGUGUGGAUUUCCUCCGUUCUACUCGAACACUGGACAAGCUAUAUCUCCAGGAAUGAAAAGAAGAAUUCGGAUGGGGCAAUAUGGAUUUCCCAAUCCAGAAUGGGCCGAAGUGUCAGAAGAAGCCAAGCAGCUGAUUCGCCAUUUACUGAAGACUGACCCAACAGAGAGGAUGACAAUCUCUCAGUUUAUGAAUCACCCUUGGAUUAACAGAUCCAUGGCAGUGCCACCAACUCCUCUUCAUACUGCGCGGGUGUUGCAAGAGGAUAAAGACCACUGGGAUGAGGUUAAGGAGGAGAUGACCAGCGCUUUGGCUACCAUGAGGGUGGACUAUGAUCAGGUGAAAAUUAAAGACUUGAAAACAUCCAACAACCGCCUCCUGAACAAACGCCGGAAGAAGCAAAAGCAGGCAGGCACCUCUUCUGCAGCCCCAGGGUGCAAUAACCAGUGAGAAGAGAAGCCAAGGACCUGUGGGUGGAGGGUAAAAGCUAAAAGGAGUGAUUUACAGUGAUUAUGAUCAGUUCAGUCCGUACAACAAAGGCCAUGGCACUGAGACAGUGAAGAAGCUAUCCUGCAAAAAGGGGGCAGUGUGAAAAAUUACGUUUUUAUGACUUGAAUCAGGGCUUUGCUUUAAAGGCUAAUUUAUAUGACAUGAUUCUGUUGCGUAUUGCUAGGGAAGAUACAACAAUACCAGAAAUGUUUGUGUUUUGGCUUUAACUGUAUUGAAGGAAAGGAACAAAGAGGAGGCAGCCUCAGUUUAUUAGUGCACUGAGGCUUUAACAGCCAUCUACAAAAGUGACUUCUGCAGCCAUUUUAAGCUUGGGAGUGGAAAAAUGCCAGGUGUUCUGCUAGAAGGGUCUUAGGAGCUCAGACGUGAGCAUUGGGUAAGGAGGAAGGAAAUGUCACUGCUCUUUACAAAAAUAGCACAGGUGCAGCUCUACUUUGGAUGUAUGUGAUUAGCAUUUCAUGCUAGAAUUGGUAAGAAUAGUCAAUAGUUCCAAACUUACCUCCUGUAGUUACAGAAUGUGACCUAAACAGUGAACAACAGUUAUUGCUGCUGUAUGGAAAAAUCCAUGCGUUUGCAUUUUCAUAAAGUCUUCAUGUGGUCUUAUGUGAAGAGCUGAUUGGUCACAUUUAAUAACUUGUUCAUUUUAUAAACUGUAACCAUGAUGUUAUAUCUGUGCCACUGUCAGAUCCUUCCCUUGUAACAUUUUUAAUUUAAACAGUACUUUUUAUAUAAAGAGUUUUAAUUAGGAUUUAAUUAGUCAGAAGUACCCUGCAGAGAAUGUCGCUGUUCAUCUUGGAUCCACAGCCUUUAGGGCAUGCAACUGGACAUGCAGUUGUAUACUGGAGACUGUUCUUGAAGAGAGACUUCUGAAGUUCGAGAAGAAAUGGCAAGUGUGUGUCCUGUGAAUGGGCCCCGCUGUCUGGCAGCAUCCCUUCUGGUGAUUACCUCCAGAUCCUAUGCCUGAAGAGUGCUACUCGUAGAAGUUUUGGGGGGCUGGGGUGUUUUGUUUCUUGGAGGGCAGCAAGAGGAGGGUUACUAAUUUAUUUGCAGUGUUGUGACUGUGCUUCUGAAUCCAAAAAAUUCUGCCAUCUAAGGGGAGGUUGCCUACAACGAUAUCAUUUUUUGCUCUUCUAAUCUAAACAUCUGAUUUACAGUAUCCUGGCCAUGGUUUGCUAUCUUGUUUUACCUCUAUGAUCAAAAUAUUUCCUCUUGCUAUGCAUUUUGUUUUGUUUUUGUUAACUGAGAUGAAGCAAAUAUUUGUGAAAGUAUUAUGAGAGUCUGGGAUGAAAGUUAAGCGCUUCCAGUGAUGCAGAUAAAAGCUUCUUUGUGGUAGGCACACCGAGUACUUCAUGGGUUAACAGGUUCAGAAGAAUGUUAAAAAGAAAAACAAGGCUCCAGAAAGGAUCCAGAUCUUCUAAUCUGACUGGAGACUCUGAAAGCCACAUUGAGCUUGUUACUUCCACCAAAGAUCUGUUUGAGGCUUUGGACCUUGUCUGGUCCUAUCUUUCAGCCUUUUCUGGUCUCCUGUUUGGACCUUGUCUUACCCCAUCUUUAAAGCACUGGACAAGACCUACAUUCUUCUUUGUAAAUAGUCCUAGGAUUUUGUAAACCGAUUUUAAUAAAUCAUGUUCCAGCA